AUGCGACCACCACGCUUGAUCGUGAUUGUGUUUUGCCUGCUCUUCUUUCCGAUCCUGCUCACUUUCUUGUCGGCACUAACCACAUCUUCCCGCGUCUCUACUCCAAGUUCGUUUGCUGGUCAAGCGACGGGUCUUCAUGCCCUUUUCUCCUUCAAUCUGCCCUCGUCGCUCUUUCCGCCAUCCGCAAUCAUCAGCUUGACCGAUGACAAUUCAACUUUUUUCCUGGCCAGACCUGCUGCGUUUGGGCCAUUGCUUCCCGACAAGGGCCUGAGCGGUCAACUCUGGAUUGGAAGCGGCUUCGGAGAACGAACGACGGCGGGAGCGGAAGGUGAAUUAGGCUGCUCAGAUAUCCCAGGAUGGGGUGAAGGUGAUUCUCACCAACCAGGCACGGCCGACGGAACUGCGGGUGGACCACGAAUUAUAACCUCGAGUGAGGGUACGAAAAAACGCGCAGAUGCCCACGCAGAUGUUGAUACCUCUCGUCCGCAGAAGGAGAGAGUAAAAGCCGGCCCAGUUACUGACGACGGAACCGAUGAUCAUCUGCACCAUCCGCUUUCAGAGUCUACAGGGACAGAUGUCACGGUCAUGGAAAAGUCCGGAGACCACUCUUCGAACCUACCCACAGCUCAUGCCGAUAUCCAAUCCUUGCAGGAAAGUGCCGAGAUCGACGGCAAGGUGGUCUUGCUCAGUCGAGGCGGCUGUGGCUUCCUCGAGAAAGUCAAAUGGGUGCAACGUCGAGGAGGCAUUGCUCUGAUUGUUGGAGACGAUACCCGGGGAGGGAGCUUGGUGACCAUGUAUGCACGGGGUGAUACAUCUAACGUGACAAUCCCUGCCCUGUUCACCUCCCACACUACCGCUCACCUGCUUUCCUCGUUGGUUCCACCUCAGAUGGUGGAAAGUACGGAGACGGGUGACGCUACAGCUACACAAACUAGCCAGCCAGGUCAUCGCACUUUGGGCAAGCAACAACUUCAUACAGCAACGACCACAGCGGGGGCUGCCUCAACUACACCCACUAAGCACGCAAUGGAUGGGGCUAUCGUGGCUCCUGUCAAACCGAAAGGUGGCCUUGUCCAUGCUUUGCUGUCUUUUCUAGGUCUGGGUAGCAGUGGGAGACACCCCUGGUUCUCACCAGAAGACAGCCACCGUCCACCAAAUAGUGGUAACAUCAACUGGGUUAUGCUAGAUCCAUGGGAUGAUCACUUGCCGACCCAGCCUCAGGCUGAUGUCGGCCGCGCCCAAACAAAGGCAGGCAGUGCCACUCCUAAUCGGAAGAAACAUGGAUUGGUCUCGAGCGGCUCAGAUGCAGAUGGGUUCGUAAUUGGGGUCCAGGACUGGCGAGAUCCAGACCUUGUUCCCGCGAAAGGCAGCGCUUUGCCGAACCCUACUGCGAUUGCAGCAAAUACCGAAGGGAGCAGCAUUCAAAGCACUGGCAAGGGAUCUCAAUCCACCGCUGCUGCUCUGAAGGGCGGCAGCAUUACGCCGGGUAGCGGCGAGUAUCGCACCGUCGACAAGUCUGGUGCUUCGCAGAAAGGAAGUGGUUCUCCAUCUCAAAGCACGUAUCAUGGCAGCAAUGGUGAAGAGCAGCCGUCUGGAAACAGCUGGCUUUCUAAGCUCUGGUCAAGUCAUGAAGAGCCUGAGACGAGCCGGGAAUCCAGCGGCAAGAACAUGGAUGCCGCAGAAGAUAAGAUCCGCAAGCCUUCUAUGACCAGUAAAUCAGACGCGACGACCGCCGAUCACGAAGGCUUGUGGGUCACCUUGACGCCAACGAGCAUGUCUACAAGCCCGUUCUUCGAUACCUUGCUUGUUCUAGUUGUCAGUCCGCUCCUUACAUUAACCGUGGUCUACAUUCUGCUGUUGCUCCGGUCCCGCAUUCGUCGUCGGAGAUGGCGGGCCCCGAAGUCCUUGGUGGAUCGUCUUCCCGUGCGCACAUAUCACACCAUUACCACCCGGUCUUCCGCCUCAAGCUCACCGCGGUCCGUUAGCCCAGGGCCUGUUUCGCCUACGUCGCCCCUGCUGGGCUCUCAAAGUCACUCGGACAUCAAGGGCGCACCCAAAACGUCGACCACCAAGAAGGAGAAGUCCGGCUCAACUCUCUGGCGACGUAAGUACACGGGACGACAGGUCGAGUGUGUUGUCUGCUUGGAGGAGUACGUCGAUGGAGAAAGCCGUGUGAUGAGUUUGCCUUGUGGGCACGAGUUCCACGCUGAGUGCAUCACGCCUUGGUUGACGACGCGCCGACGAACAUGUCCGAUCUGCAAAGGUGACGUGGUUCGGUCGAUGGCUCAGAGCAAGGUUGGUGAUGCACGCGAUGCAGCCGCGGAGCAGACAGUCGGCGAAAGCGACCAUUCUCGCGACCUUGAGUCCCAGCACAGCGCAUCCUCGGCUCCGGUUCCGAUCACAUCAGGCAGCGAGGACGAGCUAUCCGACGUGGAACACCGCGCCGACACGGAUGCAGGGCUCCUCGAGGCACACGCAUCGUCAGCGCCACCCACCUGGCGGAAUUAUGCAACGUUGAGCUACUCGGCCCUCAGUGGGGAUACAAUUUGGCACCAAGCACCGGCGGAAGGGCGGCGAUAAGCGGCCGCCAAAAAAAACUUGUCUUCCCAGCGUUUGGAUUCGAGCACGUGUUGCAUUAGCGAUGUUUUGAUAUCAGUGUGGCUUGGCGUUUACGGGUUCAGUGGGCGUGCUGGCGCGGCUCAUACCAGGAGCCAGGCACAGUGCUGUCGAUGAGGGAAACUGAGUGCGGGUGGCUAGAUAGCAUUGCUUGCUUACCAUAAUCAUAGCGUCAUUUUGAUGGUGUACAGAGUACGCUUUGUGUAGUUGACCGCAGCUGGUGUAGUAGUGCUAGGUUUACAAUCUCCUGCUAC